GACUGUGCAGUGGCUAACACGCGCGCAUCUCUCUCUCUCUCUCUCUCUAUCUCUCUCUCUCUCCCCCUCCCUCCUCGUGGUCUCGGGCUCACACGGUCGCGCGCUCACAUUCCCCUAUAGAAGUUACCAAGAAAAUUCUCACAUUCAGCGGCAAACUAGAUACCAUCAGACAACAUGGCUUCAGGAGUCACCGUUAAUGAUGAAGUCAUUAAGGUCUUCAACGAUAUGAAAGUGCGAAAGUCCUCAACCUCGGACGAGGUAAAAAAGCGCAAAAAGGCAGUGCUUUUCUGCCUCAGUGAUGACAAGAAGAAGAUUAUUGUAGAGGAGGACAAGCAAAUCCUCGUUGGUGAUAUUGGAGAGACUGUUGAUGAUCCAUAUGCCUGUUUUGUAAAGCUCCUACCUCUAAAUGACUGCAGAUAUGGCUUGUAUGAUGCCACUUAUGAAACAAAAGAAUCCAAGAAAGAAGACUUGGUAUUUAUAUUUUGGGCCCCUGAAGGUGCGCCAUUAAAAAGCAAGAUGAUAUAUGCUAGUUCUAAAGACGCCAUUAAAAAGAAGUUUACAGGUAUCAAACAUGAAUGGCAAGUCAAUGGCUUGGACGACAUUCAGGACCGCUCAACCCUGGCAGAAAAAUUGGGAGGCAAUGUGGUUGUAUCAUUGGAAGGGCAACCAUUGUAAACUGAAUAGACACCGGCCAUCUAAGUUCCACUCGCUUUCUAUCUUAGCAACUGUAUUUUGAUUCUGAAGGAAUAGUUUUAAGUUUUCUCUCAAAUUUCUUUUUGUUUGUUUGUUGUUUUUUUCCAAUAUAAAAAAGAUCUCACUAACAUAAAAAAUCUAGCAGUUUAUUGCCGGCUGAGGUUUUCAAAACCUGUUUUUGUAUGUCCCCAAAAAACUUUCUCAUAGCAUGUUUUGCCUAACAACAAUGCCAUGUAUCAGUAUUAUAAAUUCAGUCCUCCCUGCACAAACAUACAAUGGCCAGUGUUUAUCUUUUUGUAUCACAGAGAUAUCGCUGAGGUAUUGUGUACUUCUGUAAACGACAUGAGAAUGCUUUCUGUUAAUGCUUACAAGGUAGCAUUAACCAAUUGCAAGCACUUUGCACUCUACGUUUUGACAUAUUUAUUUGAACUGUUCUAUCUAAUCAGCCUAAUUUGACAUGGCUAAUAUGCUGAGUACUAUGCAGCUAUGAAAGCACUUGUUUAUGCACUACAAGUUGAGACAAAACUGGGCAUGGGGUCUAUGGAGUUGCUGUGUUUGUCACCACACUGAAGUCACUACAGUUUUCAUUCCUGCAAUGCAUAUGGACAGCCUUAUUUUCAUUCAAAUGUACAGUACACCACUGAAUAAGGAGGAGGUGCUGCUUGGUUGUUGUUUUUUAAACACUAAAAGAGAAUGCAUAAUAUCUGUAAAGAUGGCAAUAUCUGCGUUUGCAGCCUUAAAUAAAUUUUUUUUUGAGAUCUAUGACGUUGCCACUUUGCAAUAAAACCUUGUGGCAUACAACA